CCCCCAGGAGUCCCUCCUCCUGACCUCCUGGUGCCCUCCCCUUCCUCUGCCCCUUCACCCCGCCCCAUUCCCCUCUUUCCCCUCUGCUCUGUUCCCCAGCUGUUCUUGUCCCCGCCCCCAGCCCCUCGGCAGACUCCCGCUGGAGCUCCCCUCCCCCCAAGUCCGCCCUCCCCUUCUUCCUUCUCCGGGUCGCCUCCCCCCUCCCCGCCCUCACUCGCUAGCCGGCAGGGGGCGCUGGGCAGAGGCGGGGCGGCGCGGGGACUGGCCGCGAUGGGACCGGAGGCGGCGCAGACAAAGGCGCGGGCGGCGCGGGGCGCGCGGAGGGCGCGGGCCGAAGGCAGCGGCGGCGGCGGCGGCGACGCGGGAGACCAAACGAGUGGUUCCUGUCACCUCUCUGGGUACCCCUUAGACUCCAUCCCGCCCAGCCUGACCAAUGUCCACAGCCAGGGAACAGCCAAUCUUCAGCACCCGUGCACACGUGUUCCAGAUCGACCCCACUACCAAGAGGAACUGGAUCCCAGCCGGCAAGCACGCACUUACUGUGUCCUAUUUCUACGAUGCCACCCGAAAUGUGUACCGCAUCAUCAGCAUCGGGGGUGCCAAGGCUAUCAUCAACAGCACAGUCACCCCCAACAUGACCUUCACCAAAACCUCUCAGAAGUUCGGGCAGUGGGCAGACAGUCGAGCCAACACUGUGUAUGGCCUAGGCUUUGCCUCUGAACAGCAGCUGACCCAGUUUGCUGAGAAGUUUCAGGAGGUGAAGGAAGCUGCCAGGCUGGCUCGGGAGAAAUCUCAAGAUGGUGGAGAAUUCACUAGUCCUGCCCUGGCCCUGGCCUCCCACCAGGUUCCCCCGAGCCCCUUGGUCAGCACCAACGGUCCGGGAGAGGAAAAGCUGUUCCGCAGCCAGAGUGCAGAUGCCCCUGGCCCCACCGAGCGGGAGCGGCUGAAGAAGAUGCUGUCAGAAGGCUCCGUGGGUGAGGUCCAGUGGGAGGCCGAGUUCUUCGCACUCCAGGACAGCAACCAGAGGCUGGCAGGGGCCCUUCGCGAGGCCAACGCAGCCGCCGCGCAAUGGAGGCAGCAGCUGGAGGCCCAGCGUGCAGAGGCUGAGCGCCUGCGGCAGCGGGUGGCGGAGCUGGAGGCCCAGGCGGCUGCAGAGCCGGUCCCGACGGGCGAGAAGGAGGCAACCAGCCAGUCCGUGGAGCAACUGGAGGCUCAGGUGCAGACCAAGGACCAGGAGAUCCAGACUUUGAAGAAUCAGAGCUUGGGGACACGUGAAGCUCCUGACACCACUGAGCGGGAGGAGACACAGCAGAAGGUUCAGGAUCUGGAAACACGGAAUGCCGAACUGGAGCAGCAGCUGCGGGCAAUGGAGUGCAGCCUGGAGGAGGCGCGGGCGGAACGCGAGCGCGCGCGGGCAGAGGUGGGCCGGGCCGCACAACUGCUGGACGUGCGGCUGUUCGAGCUGAGUGAGCUGCGCGAGGGCCUGGCGCGCCUGGCAGAGGCGGCGCCCUAGUUGGCCCCGUGGGUCUGUGACCCCAAGGUGCCCUGGCCGGGGACCAGGGCUGCCCCUGAGCUUUGCACUGUGUAGAGUUUCCUAGAAUCCAUGGGUGGCGCUGAUACCCGGAUUACAUUUCUACGUGGCUGUACAAGUGCGUGGCGUUGCUGGCACCUGCUGUCGCUGGCUGCUGCCACC